AUGGAGCUAUCAUGGGUGAUACUGACAGCCCUACAGGACCACCACCAAUUGCAAAUUCUGACAGUCAACGAGAGCUGCUGGACACGAUUGACAAGCGUUCUUACAUCAGAAAACCAAACUUUGCUGGUUAACAUAAUUUCUGGAGCUGAAUUCACCUACGCGCUCAAGCACAUGAAAGCCAGCUCCUCGCCCGACAUGGAUGGCCUUACAGCUAGCUUUUACCACGUCGCGGCUGAUGGCUUUGAAAAAUGCCUGAGUACAGCUUUCAACUACCAGCUGUCGCACGGUGACCUUUUUCUUCCUAGCGCAAGUCAGAUGCUUGCAUGUUAA